AUGGGUGGUCCGGAAGAUAGAGCGAGUAGUCCUUGCAGCGGAGUGGAACUGUUUAGCGAUGAUAGUGAUGGUAAUCUGAGCUGUGAUUCGUUAAAUCAUGGCAGCAGUGGUAAAUCUUCCCCAAUCGCAAUUGCUACUGUCACUACUACCACCACCACUACCACCACGGAUGUCUCUAGGUUCAUGCCACAAACGCUGCUCAGGGAUAUACGUGACAGGUGA